AUGGCAAAAUACAUGGCCAUCGAUUGCGAAAUGGUAGAGACGUUUUGGAUAAAAAACGCUCUUGCACGAGUGAGCAUAGUUGAUGAAAAUUCCCGAGUUGUCCUUGACGAGUAUGUCAUACCGCCGGGCGGAUGCAUAAUCGACUAUCGAACACGAUGGUCGGGCAUCACCAAGGAACUUAUUGGGAACAAAGGAAAAGAGAUGAGCGAAGUGCAGAGCCAAGUUCGAGAAAUACUUAAAGACGCGGUAAUAAUCGGACACACAGUAAACACGGAUUUGAAAAGUCUUAUGAGAUGCCCGUGCAAGGCGAUCGUGGACAUAUCUGAAUUGCCGCAGUUGAAACUGCGUUUCUGGCGAACUGCAAAUCCAGAGGACCCUGAUUCGGAUGAGGAGCUGAUCAAACGCCAAAGAAUCUCGCUCAAAAGGUUGUCCACUGCCCUAUUGGACAGGCAGAUACAGACGGGAAAUAAAGGGCAUUCUUCCGUGGAAGAUGCAACGGCGACGAUGGAUUUGUUUAGAUUGAUUCAGAAAGAAUGGGAGCUGAAAAAUCCAGACCUUGCUGGGGAAGAUUUGUUUGACGACAAAUUUUGGGAGGACGAAGAAAGUCUGAGUGAAUGGUCCGAAGAAGAAGAUUGA